AAUAGCAUACCUCCAAAGUGACCCAAAGCAGCUUUAUUGUGGCCUGUCUGUAUGGGGCCUUUGUUGAUAUAUCUAUGUGAUCCUUUCAGUUGUGGCAUUAAUACAAAAGCUGUAAUGUGUUGCGUGUCCUUUGGGAUUUUACAUUCCUAAACAAAGCUGCAGUCCUACACUUACUUGGAAGAAAAUCCCAUGGACUUUCUGAGUAGACAUGUAUAGAAUUGCACUGUUACCUUGCAUUAGCAAGGUUAAAUAUAAUAUCUGUUUAAGAUGCUCAGUAGAUAUUCUUAUUUCAUAUACGCAGUUAAUAAUUGCACCCAAUUUUCUAAAGGGUGGAGGAGGGACUGUGGAAACAUUUACUGGUAAUCUUUAAGGAGCACGUAAAGUAUAAGUCAGUAAGAAACUUGCACUGUGAGCUGUAAAUUCAAUAUCACUAAAGUUUAAUUAUAUUUUAAGCACAGAAAUAUUUUGAUAACACUAGACUGUGCCAGCAUUUGAAUAUAAUAAUGUGAGCAACUGCAGGAACCCUAACUUACUGAAUACUUGCAAGGGGAGGAGCUAAACCCAAAUGAGGCUUCACUCCUUAGCUCUAAAUUCUAGGCCUAAAUUAGUCCCAAAUAGAGUGGACUAAUUAAAAUAAUGGAACUAUAGACUUUUCAGGUACCUAUUGAUUCAGUGUGUUAACUAUAGUUGGGCCUCAAAUUGGAUUUAGGCCUAGAGUUUGCCAUUGCAAAAGAGAUGUUGAUAACCAAAAUUAAUUUUUGUUUGUUUCAGGUAAGCUUUUCAGUGCUGAGUUAUUUUGAGCCAGAUGUUUAAGUAAAUAAAUAGCUGCUAAGAUCCUGCUGCUGCACAUGCCUUGCCUAUUUACAUUUUCAGUUCAUAGCUGACAGUGCUGUUUUUAAGGACUGAGUCAUUAGUAAACCUGCACAUAUGUCUCAGGGCAAGUUGCAACAGAUAUAAAGCUUGACUCUGGAUGGGUAAUUUCUAAGUAGAUCAGAAAAAGUUCACAUACAAAGGGUGAAACUGUUCCACUGAGUGUCCAUAACAAUCCUAUCUAAAUCCCCCAAAUAACAGCCAAUUCAAAUAAAAUUAUCUUUGGCCUUAAUGUUUUGAAAGAUGCUGAAGAGUUGUCCCAAUUCCAAGAGAAAAAAAAUCCAUAAUCCCCCCUCUCCCCACCCAAUGUACAAGUGUCACAUGAUCUCUGAUGGGUGCAUGUUUAGAAUUUGGUGUGCAUGUAUGUAUAUGUUAAAUCUGGAAGCAGUAAGCUAGCUCUUUCUAAACCUUUGCAUUUAGAUAUUUAGAGAAUUCUCCCCAAAGCUUUUGUUACAAUGUCAAAAUAUGUGGGGUUCUGUUGGAACAUAUGAGGAUUUCUGGUGAGGAAUCUAUAAAUUCAUGUGUCGGUAGUAUACAGCAAUAUAAUAAAAUUUUCCACUUAGGUAUGCUCUUCUUUUUAGAUACAGUUUUAUAUCUUGCAAGAUAUUGAUGCCUUCUGAAUAUCAUGCCAUCAGGUCUAUCAUAUACUAAGUCUGUGUAGUUGAUGCUUACAUGGUUUCAUUAAACUAAAUCUAAACAGCUGACAUCAUGUUAGUCUGGUGGCCACAAAAGCCUGCCUCUCCAUAAAAUUAUGUCUUCCCAUUGUUCUGUCUAGUUCAGUGGUGACUUUUAAAGAUCUGAAUUUACAUAUUAUAUAUUACCAGAGGUACCCAGACCUGAACAUGCUACCAUUAUAUACAAAGCAGGCUUUCUACUCUGAGCUUUGUGUAUAUGUGUGUUUGUUUUUUUAAAAACAAAACAUAGUGGCAAGAUUGGGGCUCUUGUCUUUCAGAAAAACACUUGGUCACAAAGACAAGAAAAUAAGUUGGUGGGAAAGUUUUAACAUCAUUUCCAGGCAGUGUGUACUUAUCUGUUAGGCUCAUCAUAAGGGGAUGAAUUAACAAUAUGCUUCCAGAGGCGCAGUGACUUAGCAUUUUUAUGCUGAACUUUUGUGUGUGCAUAUACUAGUUGGUGACUACCAUUUGAAAUGGCUUAGAUAAUAUGUCUAGGAACUUGGUAAACUUGGUAAAAAGAACUUACAACCAGUCUUCAUGAUUUUAUCUUGUUUCCAGACACCCACAGUUAAUACCUGUGCUGCUUGUGUACAUUAGACAGUUCCAUGUUGCACUACACUAAUCAUACAUUUCUGAACAUAUGACUUCAUUUUGAUGUGCAGUGUUCUGGUUGAAUGGGGCUUGAUUGGAUAUUUUUCUUGUUUGUAUUUACUGCUUAUCUUUAAAUAAAUAAUGUUGAUCAUACAAUUUUAUGUUAUUCAUAGUUGUAUGGCAUAAGCUUUCUGGACUGCUAGAAGACAGAGAACCCCAAUGCAAAUAAUUUAAGUCAUAAUCACAAUGCAGUGGAGUACAGAAGACAAAACAGCUAACCAGAAUUACUUAGCUAGGGUGGAGGCUGCUGUAUCAAAGCUGCCUUGUAAGCCUGCUAUUCUUAUCUCCAUGGUGCAAAUUGUUAAUGGUUUAUGGUGUGCACAGAUACCCUUCUCUAAUUUGAUAAUACUGCAUAAGAAAUUAACCUCACUGGUAUGACUCAAAAAUAAUGCUAACAUCAGUACUUACAUAUAGCCACCAGACUUUAUCUGAAGCUGCCACAUGAGAGGUUUUAGCUAUCAGUGGAGAAGGCCUGAUUCAGCAUACUGGGAAGUAUUUGUUUGAAGAGUUCUGCAAAAGCAGCCUGAGCAUCGGUAGCAAAGCAUAAUUGUUCCCAAGCAGUUAAUCCAGUCACCAUGAACUAUAACAAACCUGUGGUGGGUUAUUCAGUUACUAUGUUUCUUAGCCACAGAGUUCAGUUGGUGAACCAAGGAAAAGGCAGGUGACGUUCAUUGUAAAGGGGAGGCAUGACCAAAUUCUGCCUAGCGCUGUACUGCGAAAUAAAAAAAUUAGUCAUGCUCUCAUUGUUUAGGAGAAUGACUUGUAUGGGAAAGAAAGGUUGAACUACAUGAGGAAAAGGAAGAUAGUCCUUUGAGAACAUGCCAAAUCAUACCCUUAGGCUCUUAGUAGCAUAUCCUAAUCAACACUGGAGUAUACAGGCUUUCAUCUGUGGAGACUGCAAGAGUUCCAUAUCUACCAAGGCAAAGCGAAGAUUGGAACUAGGAGAGAGUGGACAGCAGUUUCUCGCUGAAGGAUUAAGGACACCAAAGGGAAAAGGAAGAGCUGCAACUAGAAGUCCAGAUAGUCCAAGAACUCCCAAAUCUCCUUCAGAAAAGACACGAUAUGAUACAUCACUUGGUCUCCUUACAAAGAGGUUUGUUCAGCUUCUGAGCCAAUCUCCAGAUGGUGUUGUAGAUUUGAACAAAGCAGCAGAAGUCCUUAAGGUACAAAAAAGAAGGAUCUAUGAUAUCACCAAUGUUCUGGAAGGCAUCCAUCUCAUUAAGAAAAAAUCAAAAAACAACAUUCAGUGGAUGGGCUGCAGUUUGUCUGAUUACGGGGGCAUGUUAGCAAACUGUCAAGGCUUGUCUAAGGAGGUAGCAGAACUCAACCAAGAGGAGAAGAAAUUGGAUGAGUUGAUACAAAGCUGUUCCCAUGACCUCAAGCUACUAAAAGAAGAUUCUGAAAAUCGGAGAUUAGCAUAUGUUAGGUAUGAUGAUAUUCGAGAAAUUGGUAGUCUUAAAGACCAAACUGUUAUACUUGUGAAAGCUCCUCCAGAAACAAAACUUGAAGUGCCUGACCCAGCAGAGAACAAGCUGAUCCAUUUAUCUAGUACUCAAGGCCCUAUUGAAGUUUACUUAUGUCCAGAGGAAACAGAUUAUCCCAGUCCAAUAAAGACGCAAGAUCAAGAUCACAAUGGAAAUAUCUCAAGAAACCUUUCCAAAGAUGUGAUAUCCGAUAACUCAGGAAGUCUUCAUUGUUCAGUAACUACAACCACCAUCUCCCCACUGGCCUCUACCACCAACCUUUUGCAGCAGACAGAGGACCAAAUUGCUUCAGGUUUUGAAGGGCCAUUUGUGAGCCUAUUGCCACCUCUACUUCAUGAAGAUUAUUUGCUCGGCCUUGGUGAUGAAGAAGGCAUCAGUGACCUCUUUGAUUAUGAUUUUGAAAAAAUGCCUGCAUUGAUGGAUGGAUAUCUAUGCAGCUGAUUAUUCCCUGUCUCUCUCUUCUUCCUGCACCCAUAUAUUUUAAAAAAUUAAACCAGAAUACCUGUUGUCAUUCCAUGUUAUCUAUCUCUUAAUUUACUGUAUGUCACAUUUCAGGAUUAGCAUACAGAGUGCUUGAUGUUUGUAAAGUAAUACAUCCUUGAAUAGGAUGAAUACAAAGUUGCAGACUCUUAUCAGAGUUACCUUAAUCCAUAAUUCCAGUAACUACUGGUUGGUAGAUUAUGAAGAAUGGGGGAACGAGUGUCCUUUAUUCUGAUUUACUGUUUCUACAAGUUUCAUCAAGGGCUCAAGAACUGUUUUAGUCGCACAUAGAAAUUCUUCCUUAAUAUUUCAAGCUGUGCCUUCUGUUGAGCGUGUGUAUGUGGAGUCCUUGAUUUGUACGGACAGUAAUACGUAUUGAAAAGAAGUGUGUGCAAAAUAGAAAAAAAAUAACUUUCAAAAGCUUUCUGGGAAUGUUUGAAUUCUUCUCAAAGUUCAGGAGAUUAAUAUCCCCAAAUAGUUUUUCUUGUAAAAUACACUUUAAAUGUCUUACAAUCCUAGGUGAAUCACAGAGAUGAUGGUGCCAGUAUACCAUGGAGUAUUUGGAAUACCCAAGUACAUAUGUAUGUAACUAUUUGGAGAACUGAAGUCCAGUGUAUCAUCAGUUUUAGAGCGAAGAGAAAGAGGGUAGGGUAGAUUUAAUCUAGACCCCUGUUCCUCAUGCUGAACAAGUCAUUUGGUACUUUUAUUUUCCCCAAAGAGCUACUCACGCACAGCCCCAUAUGCUGGUGACUUGCAUGUAUUGUCAUUUGGUGCAUACUGUCGCCCAUCCUCCUUUGGAUACUUGUGUGGAGGCUUCCACAUGAUAUUAAUCUCUAGCUGGAUCAAGGUGACAAUUUUCUCAAUUUUAAAAACUGGAAAUUAAAAAAAGUGUAUGUUGAGAGUGUCAUUUUUUAAAAAAUGUACAACAAAGAUGCAUCCUUCAGAUCUGCAGUGUGCAAUAGAACUGGUAUAGAAAAUUUACGGUACAGAGUGGGGCUUUGUGUUAAAGUGCCUACUAGAAAUGCACUGUGGGCUUUUUCGGCAAAGGGAUAUGCCAAGCUUCACUUUUCAAAACACUGUGUUUAUUUUGGUAGGUUAAUUGCCUCUGCUUCCAGUUUUGGAAGCUGAUACAUCACCCAAAGUGUAAAUAUAUCUGUUAGUACUUGCUUUAUUGAAUAGUAAUUUAUAACUCUUUACUGGUGUGGUAUAUCUUCUGAGAGGAAUAGAAUUCAUGCCCAGUUGUGUAAAACAUUGCCACUUUAGGUUAAUUGGUUGAAUAUCCUAAACAGUUUGCAUUGCCUUUUUUCUAUCUGAUACUUAAUAAAAUACUGAAAUGUUUGCGUUUUAUAUAUAUGUGUGUGUAUGCAGGUUUUCUGGUACCACUGAGAUGCUGCUACAGACACUUACACAUGAAAUUGCUGAGUAAUAAUAGUAUGAAAGCUGUAUGAUUGAACCUUAGAAUAUAAUUGUGUAAAAAGGGCAACACAUUAAGAACUGUUAAACAGUGUUAAGUGUGCUUUUAUAUAUGUACAAACCUGUGCAUAGUUCAUUGGAUAUUUAAGUUGUGUGUUCUUUAUAUUUUAGUCAUCUAACAAUUUUGUACAAUAGGAACAAAUUUGUAAAACCUGCCAGAAUGUUUUAUAGCUGGUUUGUAAUUUCUUGAGGGAAAAAAAAUAACGCGAGUCUGUAUAUAAAUAAAUAAAAAUACAGUAUUUAAAGCUUGUCUUGUGGAGGAAAGUAAAAGUAUUGUGUGAGCAUGAAUGCUUUUAUGGUAUGAAGGGGAUCACUGGGUAGAAUGAAAUGAAAGGGAAAAAUGUUAUAUGCUAUUUUGUACAAUUUACAUACUUCCUCAAUGUCAAGGCAAAAUACUAACCAUAAGUAUGCUAAUUCUGCAAAACUGUAAAAUAAUGUAAAAAAACAAAGUCCAGAAAUAGCUUUCCAUUUGUAAAGACAAUUUGUUCUCAAGCAGUGACCAUGCCUUUCAAAUGUAUGUAACUGACAGUUUUUUAAGGUAUUCAAUAAAGCUUUAUAUCUAUAUAUAAUUGGAUUUGACAUACUGUACAUUUUACACCAAAUGGGCAGCAAAUAAAACAGU